CCCCCUCUGAUGAUGAGGUCUUUUCUUUUGUGUCACAUCUCUGACCUCAGCAGGUUCGUUUCACUUGACUUAAUCCCCCUCCUGUGGGCGCCAGCAUAUAAAAGGGAGGGGCUCACUCGGGUCGCACACUCUUUAGUGAGGCUCGGCGUAAGCAUCGGCAAUCAUGUCUAGUGACAAAUCGAAGUCUUCUUCCCAGACCGAUGGGAAGGGCGCUCAGAGCAAGAAGUCUGAGUUCGGAAUCACUCCCUACAAGAUGUUGGUGUUUGACCAGGAGAAUUUCCAGGGCCGCAUGAUCGAGAUCAGCAGCGAAGUGCUGAACAUCUGCGAACUGGGCAUGGAACGUGUGCGUUCGCUUCGUGUUGAAAACGGCCCCUUCGUGGGCUUUGAGCAGAUAAACCUCUGUGGUGAGAUGUACAUCCUGGAGAAGGGCGAGUAUCCUCGCUGGGAUUCCUGGAGUAACUGUCAGAAGAAUGACUACCUGCUGUCCUUCAGGCCUGUCAGAAUGGACCCUGAUAAGCACAAGAUCUGCCUGCACGAGAUGGGAGAGUUCAAGGGCCGAAAGAUGGAGAUCAUGGAUGAUGACGUCCCCAGUUUGUUCUCCUAUGGAUUCACCGACAGAGUGGGCAGCAUCAUUGUCAGCUGCGGAACCUUUGUGGGAUACCAGUUCCCUGGCUACCGCGGCAGCCAGUACCUACUGGAGAAGGGUGAAUACAGACACUUCAAUGAGUACGGCGCCCGCACACCUCAGCUGCAAUCCGUGCGUCGUAUCCGUGACAUGCAGUGGCACCAACAGGGCUGCUUCACAUUGACCAGCAAGUGAGGUUCGGGGAAGGAGAGAAAGAGAAAGAGCGGAAGUGAGGGAGAGGGGCGCAAGAAGAGGGGAAGGGGGAGAGACGUCUAAGGCUUUACCCAACCACCUUUAUGGUCGGAAGGCAACGAGGGGGAAGGGUGAGGAUCUUCUUGACCCAGACCACAUCUCGUGGAAAGGACCUCCAUUCCUCACUAUCCAUUUUUCUCUUUCUCCCCUGUGGGCUGAGCUUAGUUUCCCCCUUUCUCCCAGCUUUUUUUUUUUUUUUUUUUUUUUUUUUUUUUUAAUUUUGAAUCCUUGUCUUCAUUCUCCUGCACUGCUCUGAAGAUGGAACAAGAUACCUAAUGCUGUUUUACACAAGAGUCUUGGUUCAGUAUACAAAGCACCAUGGGAAACUGAGUCUUUAGCUCCUUUUGUUCUAGCCCUUGUGCGUUGCACACAUUCUCUGCUGUACAGACUCCUGGUCAAGUUUUCAAUAAAAGGA